AUGUCAACAGAUCUAGAAUUCCGGCUGGAUUUGCUGGAAAUCAGAAUACCGGCAAUCAAGAUUACUUCUUCUCAGUCUUCCGACGUCACCGACGAUGACAAGAGCUUAAUUCCGAUAGAAAAAUCCAGUCUUGGCCAUGAGGAUGGGUGCCAAACACCAAAGUCGCCUCAAAAUCUGAUUCCCCAGAUCCUCAGUUGCCCGCCUGCGCCAAAGAAGGCGAGGCCGUUGGCUUCAUGCAAAAGGAAGCUUUGCGAGCUACAGUUUUUCGAGAUGGUCGCCGGCGAAGAGGUUGAGUCAUUUUUCCGGUCAAGUUUUCGGCCUGUUGAGUUGAAAUCCGAUGAUGUUAUGAAGAGAAGGUGUCUCGUGUGA